AAGAUCUUUGUGUGAGGCAGUAGUAUCGUUGAAGGAGAGCUCCGUCCUCUCCCACUGGCUGCUAUGACCUAGCUACCGGACGAUACUUUCUGCUUUUAGGACUGUCCACUGCGUUUGAAAUAGUUUUGUUGUAGCGUUUUGGCAAUCAUACAUUCAUACAUUUGUUUAUGGUUGCAUUACCGUGACUUUUUAAUCGUAGCUGCUGGCCUCUGAGGCUAGCUGGCUAGCAGAGCAGUGACAGAGAGGAGCCAGCUGGUCGGACAGAGGUACAGUAACGUUAGCAAACAAGCUAAAUAAAAUAGCCGGAAAGACUGGAUUACUGUCUUUAAUCAAAGAGAGCGCAAGUCUGCGGUUUUACUCACUGCGGCAAAAUGAAGAUAACUGUGGACUUCGAGGAAUGUUUGAAGGACUCCCCACGGUUCAGAGCCACCAUAGAGGAAGUGGAGGGGGAUGUGUGCGAGUUGGAAUCCAAGCUUGACAAAUUGGUGAAGUUGUGUAUUGGGAUGAUUGAUGCUGGAAAAGCCUACAAUGCAGCCAACAAGCAGUUUGUUAGCGGGAUCCGGGAGCUAGCCCAGCAGUCCACCAAAGAUGAGGUCAUUGAGUCCAGUCUCACAAAGUUUGCUGAGAGCCUGCAGGAGAUGAUCAACUAUCACACGAUAUUAUUUGAUCAGGCCCAGAGAUCAAUCAAGAUCCAGCUUCAAACAUUUGUCAAAGACGACAUACGUAAGUUCAAAGAAGCCAAAAAGCAAUUUGACAAAGUGAGCGAGGAAAAGGAGGCGGCGCUGAUCAAGAAUGCCCAAGCUCCCCGCAACAAGCAGCAUGAGGUGGAGGAGGCCACCAACAUCCUCACUGCCACGCGCAAGUGCUUCCGACACAUCGUCCUUGACUACGUCUUACAGAUUAAUGUGCUACAAUCAAAGAGAAGAUCGGAAAUCCUAAAAUCAAUGUUGUCCUUCAUGUACGCCCACCUGACAUUCUUCCACCAAGGAUAUGACCUCUUCAGUGAACUACAACCUCUAAUGAAACUGCUUGGAGGACAGUUGGACCAGCUGGUGGUGGAUGCUGCCAAAGAGAAGAGGGACAUGGAGCAGAAACACUCCACCAUCCAGCAAAAGGCUGCUCUGCAGGACUUCUCGAAUGACGACACCAAGCUGGAGUACAAUGUGGAUGCAGACAACGGCAUCGCAAUGGAGGGUUAUCUGUUUAAGAGGGCCAGCAAUGCCUUCAAGACGUGGAAUAGGCGUUGGUUCUCCAUCCAGAACAAUCAGCUAGUUUACCAGAAGAAAUUUAAGGACAACCCAACAGUGGUGGUGGAAGAUCUUAGACUAUGCACCGUCAAACACUGUGAGGACGUUGAGCGUCGCUUCUGUUUUGAAGUGGUGUCACCCACCAAGAGCUGUAUGAUGCAAGCAGACUCAGAAAAGCUGCGACAGGCCUGGAUCAAAGCCGUCCAGAACAGCAUCGCCACCGCCUUUCGCGACAAGGGAGAUGAAGGCGAGAAGCUGGAUAGGAAGUCGUCCACGUCAACAGGGAGCCUGGACUCUGGUGGGGAGCCAAAGGAGAAAUCACUGAAAGGAGAGAGUGCCCUGCAAAAGGUCCUGGCAAUCCCAGGCAACACCUGCUGCUGUGACUGUGGGCAGCCAGACCCCCGUUGGGCCAGCAUCAAUCUGGGCAUUACACUCUGUAUACAGUGCUCUGGUAUCCACAGGAGUCUGGGAGUGCAUUUCUCUAAGGUUCGGUCUUUGACUUUGGAUACAUGGGAGCCAGAACUUCUAAAGUUGAUGUGUGAACUGGGAAACGGAGUGAUCAACCAGAUCUAUGAGGCUCGGCGAGAGGAGCUAGGAGCCAGAAAACCACAGCCAGGAGAUCCAAGACAUGAGGUAGAGGCCUAUAUCAAAGCCAAAUAUGUGGACCGUCGGUUUGUACGCCUGCCAUCAGAUGAGGAGCUUCGCAACAAAGUGGUUUCUUUGAGCAUACAGGAGAAAAGGCUAAGCAGUGGCUCUGAGCAUCUGCCCCCAAGACCGCCACCUCCCACCCCAAAACUCCGACCUGGUCAGUCAGCUGUUGCCAGUGGCAUGGAGGCUCGCCGUGACUCUCUCUUCUGUCCUGACGAGCUUGACUCUCUCUUCUCCUACUUUGACAACUCUGCCAAGCUCAGGAGCAUAAAAAGUGCAGACAGCGGCAUCCAGAACAGCGCUGAUGGGAGUAGGGAGAUGCUAGCCAACGCUCCCUCCAAUAACAGCCUGACAGAUGCAGACGCUGCUGAGUCUCCGCCAAUGGCCAUGCCUGCCACACUGCCUCCUCCGUCACCUUGUAAAGAGGUGGUUUUCUAUGAGCCUAAGGAGUACAGCUCGGGUCUGCAGCUCUACUGGGCGGCAUGUGCCCGCAGCCUGCCGGACAUGUCAGAGGCACUGGCCCACGGAGCCGAGGUCAACUGGGUCAACACAGAGAACGACAAGAGGACGCCGCUAAUCAUGGCGGUGCAGGGGGGUUCGCUGGUCACCUGUGAGUUUCUGCUCCAAAAUGCAGCUAAUGUGAACCAGCAGGACGCUCAGGGCAGAGGACCUCUGCACCAUGCCACCAUGCUGGGACACACAGGGCAAGUGUGUUUGUUCUUAAAAAGAGGAGCAAAUCAAAAUGCUGCAGACAUUGAUGAGAAAACACCCCUGACAAUAGCCGUGGAUGCAGCCAACGCAGACAUUGUAACACUGUUGCGAUUGGCCAAGAUGAACGAGGAGAUGCGAGAGGCAGAGGGGCCCUACAACCAUUCAGGAGAUGAAACCUAUCAGGACAUUUUCCAGGAUUUCACCCACAUGGCCUCCAACGACCCGGACAAGCUGAAUCGCUACCAGCAGUACGAUCCGCAACGACCCUGACGCAACAGAAACACCAUCCACUAGCACUCAAAGACGCUGUCUGCUCAACCCAGGACAGACAAAAAGAUGUCCAUGGAAAGACGUCGUCCACUUUCCCUCCAAGAUCAUUCAACAUUAAAGCCGGUCAGUGCUGCUGCCACAGCUGGACUCAUGUUAUUAUAUCUAAUGUGGCCGAAGCUCCAUUUCAUCACAUUGUAUUUUUGCAGCUGUGUUUACAGCCUUUGUUGACGGCACUGCAUUUAAGUGAAGGGGAACUGCUGUGAACAGCAAACCUCACCUUUUUUCUAUUUUAAACUGUGCUUCCAGUAGGACCACACUAAGUGAAUGGUACAGUGUUGAAGCCUUUGAAAGGAUUUGCAAACUCAUGAAAAAUAUAAAUGAUAAUUGAACUCAGUCUGAAUGUAGAACUCUUAUGUCAAACUCCCCGACAAAAGAUUUCUGUUGCAUCAGAGUUGUAAAGAGGCAAGUGCAUGGAUAGACUGUUAAAUACUUCAUUUAAAAUGUUAAGUAUUUCCUCUUUUCAAUAGGAUUCUCUCAAUGAUCAUAGGCAUCUUUUUUUAUAUCAAAAUUUUGCUUUAGUAAACUCUCAGCAGCGUAUACACGACAUUAUGCUUUUACUUAUUUGCACAAAUCCCUUUGUCUCAAAUCGCCACCUAUGUUUACCAGUUUUGAUGGUAAAACUUUGAUUUGUUAAAUGUACAGUGAAGCAAACAUGUUAUUGCUGGUCUGCAAUGUUUAAUAGAUAGUUUAUUUUUUAUUUUAAAUGGUUAUUUUUUAAACACUUUCCUCUGAACACAUCAGUACCUGCAGUACAUGACAGUGAGCGAUCAGCCCUUCAGCGUAGAGUUAAAGGUUCUAUAUAGGACAUUCAGAACCAUUUGAUUUUGCAUUAGAGCACCAGCAUCUCAGACAAAAAUAAAUGGGCGCGGCAGCCACACCUCCCCCCCCCCUCCCUUUGUAUUCUCAGCAAGACAGAGAAAGGGGCCCCUGAACACAUGACCAGAGUAACGGAAUAAAGUUAAUCUUUUGUGAACAAUGUCAAGUGCCGAGGUCAGUACACUAGGUCACCUUCAGCUGAACGUUGAACUGCACUCUGCCAGCUCCGUGUUACAAUGCUGUGUGGGAGGUCACUCUCUUAAUCUCUUUAGAAUUGCAAGGAAGGCAUUCAAAGGGAGCGACUCGCAUGCACUAGCGUGCACACACGGUCAGCCCGGCUACCAAAACAGAGAAGCUCGGAUCACAACUCGCAGAAAAGUGUGUGACUUAAACCGUUUUCACUUGCAUUUUUUGAAACAUGUUUGGUUCACAUGUGUUUUGAAAAUGAACUGCUGCCUCCUCGGUCAGCUCUGGCCACUGAAAAGAAAUAAGCAGAGAAAUCAGGCCAAUAAAAAAAGCUGGUCACUCUGAUGUCAUGUUGCCGGAGCUCUUUACUAUUCAUGAGCUGGGUAAAGGAUGCUGAUAGCCAGGCUCUCAUUGGCUAACUGUUAGCCAAUCAGCUUAGCUAAUUGAAUAUUAAUGAGAACUGGCACAAAUUGAGCUGAGUCUUCCUGCAAACUUUCUAUACCACGCAAGAAUGGCUUGAACCAAGGUAAACAAGGAAUUUUAUCCACCAAAAAAUGUUCGAGUCCAUGGUAGAACUUCAGACAUUACCACAAAGUAAUGGAAUGCACGUGGCAAGGCACCUUCAAUUAUCCACUCAGGGCGCCAUUUCUCCGCUAUAUCUUUAUAGCAAAUAGUUGUUUGCUGCAAUAUUAUUGUUCAAAAUCUCUUAUAUAGAACCUUUAAAGAGCUCUACAAUAAUAUCAAACCUGUAUGGUAUACAAAGCCAAAUACCAGUAACACUGUAUUUUACAGGUUUGUAAUUUUAAAACAAUUUCAUAGUACGUUUUCAUAUGUCCUGAAAAUAAUUGUAAUUUGAUGUCAAUUAUAGUAAAUAUAAGAUUCCUCCUGAAAGAAGCUCCAUUAAACCCAAGUAAAUGUUCAUUUAUUAUUGGAAACUUAAAGUUAAAACUAAGCUACUACUUUAGAUUUCAGACCUGGUUGAUCUGGCAACACCCAUGGUUACCGUGGAAACCACAAGUGCGGCUACACUGCUUUCUCUGUUUUAGAGCGCAGCCAAACUAACUCGCGUUGUUUUAAUAACAGAGUUAGUCAAUGAUCCAUCAUGCUUAAAUUUAUAAACACUUUCUCUGGAUUUUGUUAACUGGCCAAUUUGAAUCCAGUGUGUUGAUGGUGGACCCUGCUACUAAUAAAGAGGGAUAAUUACUGAAUGUAACUACAUUAAAUGGCUAUUGCUGAAAUAAUGCUGAGCAUAAAUAAUAAGUAAAAUAAUUGAUUUUUUGAAAAGCUUAAGGAUUAUAUCUUAAAUAUUCCCUAUAUGGUGAACUACAUGCCUGUUGACAAAUUUCACACUUUAGCACGUACAGCUGACCUGCUGUGCACUUAUUAAAAUACUCUUAUGCAGUCAGAUUAUUGACAUUAGUUAAUUGGAUGUGUCAUUAAACCCUGUCUAUGUUUCCCUAUAUUAGCAGCAAAUUACAUCAACAUUUCAAGUAAACCUUUUCAGGAAAUAAAAGAAGUACAGACCUGUAAAGUAAAACUUUACAGAUACACGUACAGUCUGCAAACUGAUAUGUCAGGAAAUAUUACACUCUGUGGAAAUUCUGUAAAGGUGUAUGACUUGCUUUGCAGAUCCACUGGCAGUUCAUCUGAUGCAUUGUUAAAGAAACAUUUUCACUUAAAGAGUGUUUGAUAUAGUUCAGACGACUGCACUGAAAUUCCAGAAAUAAAUUCUGCAACUUUCCGGAUAGAUGUUCUAUGUUCUGUACUGUAGGAUCUGAUUUUUUUUUAAACGGUAAAAUCUUCUCUUUGACAUUAUAUAAUAAGAUAUUAUAAGAACUGCAGAGGAAACCUUUGGCCAAUGCAACAUGGGAUACAUUUCUUGUACAUUUUGUACAGUUAGUGGUACUUGAAUCGUUAAAUAAACUUUUGUAUAUGCUGUUCUUUGCAUCCUUCAGUAAUCUUAGCCCAUUUUAUAUUGCCUGUCUGUAAACCAUUAUACAUGUACUGUAUAUUCUAAUUGUAAUAUGUAAGAACUUCAAUACAUAUGGACUGAGGAUUCAUCACCAAA